AUGCCUUUGCCGACAUUAUUGGAUGCGGAAAAUAAAGAGCUAUUUAUGAGAGUUUUAAAUUUCUCGUAUCCUUUAACGAUUGAAAAUGUGCAAAAUGAGCAAUGUGGUGUACAGCUUUUUAUGCAUUUUCCUACAUCCUCUGAUUCUGGUAUCGAAAUUUUUUUUAAGACCGACAUGAUGUAUUUACCCCCGGGUUCCUACACGUUACAAAAACUUCUCGAUACGUUGAACACAUUUGUUGCCGAAUAUGAUGUUAAUUUUACAAUUUUAAAUAAUAACCGUGUCGGUGUAACGUACAAUAUCGAGCGUGAAUAUUGGCAUUCUGACUCGCAUAUAAAAAGAGUUUCAACAAAACCCCCCCAUCAAGUAUUCGAAGUUUUUUCCCAAAAUACCGCAGUAGGUGACGAAUUUGAAAUGGUCUUUACCCAAUCUUUGGCAUACAUGCUAGGUUUGCAAGAAAUAAAGGUUCAUCCAGACGUUGUUAAAACAAAAUCAGAAUGGGAAAAAGGAUCUUUUUUUUUUAAUAUUGAAAUACAACCACCCCAUGAUUGGUACCGUUUCAUGAAUAAAACAAAUGCAAGUGGAGAGAAUAAAUUUGCUUGUUCAUUCAUGGGUAAAGCCCUUCCCGAUAUUUCCAAUGGUAUUGAUAAAAUGUUUGUAUAUUGUGAACAAUUGGAAAUGUCUGUUGUUGGCGAUACAUAUGCACCCUUGUUGGCUAUUAUACCUUUAAACGGUAGCGAUCGAGGUAGUGGUGCAUUGGCUACAUAUACACCGCCGAGUACACGUCGUAGAUUAAUCAAAAGUAAAAUUAACGAAUUUAAAGUUACAAUCUAUGAUACAACACAUACGCUAAUACCUUUUAGCAGCGGAUCUGUGAAUAUCGAGUGUGUUGUGGAAUAA